AUGGAUCCUUCAUCACUCUCAAACCCUCAUGAGGCCAAGGUAGACUCGAUUCACAUGGUUCUCUCGGUGGACUUUUCAAACUCUACACUGUCAGGAUACGUCGAUGUGCAUACCACCCUCCAGAGCGAUAAUGUGUCUCAGCUGAUCUUGGACUCGAACCAUCUGGCCAUCAGCAAGGCAACCACUGUCGACAAUCAGCCACUGACCCACCAGCUAGGAGCCACACAUGAGGUCUUUGGAACACCAGUCAUCGUUGAGAUCCCCGUUGCAUCGCGUGGCGCCAACAAGCAGUUCACUGCUCGUGUUUACUACUCGACCACCAAGGCAUCCCCUGCCCUCCAAUGGUUGACUUCUGAGCAGACCGCUGGCAAGAGGCAUCCAUACCUCUUCUCUCAAUGUCAAGCGUCCAUGGUACCAUGUCAAGACAGCCCAUCAAACAAGAUCAGAUACCAGGCUGAGAUCACUGUUCAGGCUCCUUUGGUUGCUCGCAUGAGUGCUCUGUUCACAUCACAAGUUCAGAAUGGUGAUCUUAUCACCUAUCACUUCAAUCAGGAUAUUCAGAUCCCAACCUAUUUGAUCGCCAUUGCUGUUGGUAAUCUUGUCUCUAGAGACAUUGGACCAAGAUCAAAGAUCUGGUCCGAACCAGAGAUGGUUGAGAAGGGAGCUUACGAGUUUGCCAACACUGAGAAGUUCAUCCAGGCUGGUGAGGACCUCUUGACCCCAUACAUCUGGAAGAAAUACGACUUGUUGUUGUUGCCACCAUCUUUCCCAUACGGAGGAAUGGAGAACCCCAUGCUCACCUUCCUAACGCCAACACUUUUGGCUGGUGAUCGCAGUCUCGAGAACGUCGUUGCUCACGAGAUUGCUCACUCAUGGUGCGGCAACUUGGUUACCAACCGUUACUGGUCCGAGUUCUUCCUCAACGAGGGAUUCACCGUGUUUGUCGAAAGGAAAAUCGUCGGUCGCAUGUAUGGUACAGAGAUGUUUGAGUUUGAGGCCAUCAAUGGAUUGAAGCAUCUACAUGACGACAUUGUUCAGUUUGGAGAGGCAAACCCACUCACAGCUCUGCGUCCCAAUCUCGAGGGCAUCGAUCCAGACGAUGCAUUCAGCUCCGUGCCCUACGAGAAGGGCUUCAAUCUGCUCUGCUACUUGCAGUCGCUGGUUGGAGUACCCGAGUUUGAGGCGUGGCUCAAGUCCUACAUCAGCCACUUCUCUCACCAGAGUAUCACUGCCGAGCAGAUGAGAACCUAUUUUGUUGACUACUUCACAGAGAAGGGCAAGAAGGACUCAAUUGCCAAUGUCGACUGGGACUCAUGGUUCAAUAAGCCAGGCAUGCCACACAACCAAGUUGAGUUCACCUCUGCUCUUGGUGACACUGCCAAGGAGCUGGCCAAGAGAUGGGUGUCAACCAAUGGUGAGGGCAUCGGUGCCACCGAGUUCAAGGUCUUCAACUCACAGCAAAAGAUUUUGUUCUUGGACACUUUGUUGGCACUGUCUGAGGGAAAGAGCCUCCCAAUCGAGACAAUUGAGAAGAUGGACCAACUUUAUGAGUUGUCCAGCACUGGCAACAGCGAGUACAGGGCCAAGUGGUACACCAUCUGCUUGCGAUCCGGUCUAACCAGAAUCCAGCCAAAGGUCACUGCCUUCCUCAUCGAGCAGGGCAGAAUGAAGUUUGUACGUCCACUCUAUCGCGAGCUCAACAAGGUCAAUAGAGAGUUGGCCACAUCUCACUUUAUCCAGCACAGAGAUUUCUACCAUAACAUCUGCUCAAAGAUGGUUGCAAAGGAUCUUCAGAUAUAA